GCCUGGAAUAAAGCGAGGCAGUAGAUUAUAGAGCUUGUGCGAUUACACCAAUUCAGCACAGCUAUUGCUAGAGAUGUUCAAAUCGCAUGUUUUAUAUAUGUGCUGAUAGGGGGAUUUCGCAAUACGUUAGUUAUUAUAGGUACACUCGUCCGUUCCGUUUUCGUCAGUAAUCUUACCGAUUCUGCCAAUGAAUGACGAAUUCGUGCGGAGUAUCUUUAAAAAGAAAUUGAACCCACGAAACUCAACGCACGCUGAUUAUUACAGUUGACACGUGAUAAUUAUAUAAAUACCGUUGCAUUAAAAUGACAACCACCUCGCCGCAGUCGUCGUCGAAAAAAUUGCCAGGAGUAGAAUUUGCACUUGGUGGUAUCGCGGCAAUGGGUGCCGGGUGUUUUACAAACCCGAUUGAUGUAAUAAAAAUACGCCUCCAGCUUCAAGGAGAGUUGGCAACACGUGGGACCUAUAAAAAACUUUACAAAAACACAAUUCAUGCUGCCUACAUUGUUGCAAGGCAUGAAGGCAUUUUUGCGCUACAAGCCGGUUUUAUACCAGCUAUUGGAUUCCAAUUGGUUCUAAACGGAGUCCGGCUAGGAACCUACAAUAUUGCAAAAAAGCACAAAUGGACUUUGAACAAGUAUGGAAAAACCAGUAUUGUAAAGACCGCAGUAAUAUCUGGCACUGCAGGUGCUGUGGCAUCUAUUAUUGGUAGUCCUUUGUACAUGGUCAAAACACAAUUGCAAGCUCAAGCUGCUUCUUCCAUAGCAGUCGGCCAUCAGCACGGUCACGUUAGCACCUGGGCUGCUUUUCGAAAUUUAUGGAGAGAAGGAGGAUUCAAAUCUCUUUAUCGUGGAUGGAACGCUGGUGCCCCCAGACUUUUUGUAGGAUCUGCAACACAGCUAACAUCGUUUAGUUUGGCAUCGGACUGGUUGAAAUCUAUAAACGUAUUUCCUGAUCAUCCAGUUUUAUUGACAUUUAUGGCUAGUUUUGUGGGCGGUACUUGUCCAGCCUUAACUAUGCAACCAUUUGAUGUUGUUGCAACAAGACUAUAUAAUCAAGGAGUCGAUGCAAAGGGUAAAGGGCUUUUGUACAAUGGCGUAUUCGAUGCCUUGAUUAAGAUAGCUAAGAAAGAAGGAAUUUCCGGACUGUACAAAGGUACAUUUCCAACAUGGUUGAGAAUAGCUCCUCAUACUGUCUUAUGUUUGGUAUUUUAUGAUGAGUUAGAUAAACUCUAUACGAAGUUCACGAGCGAAUCUCAAUAAUAUGUAAUAGCAAUAAUCAAUUUAUUAGGUGUAUAAAAAGUAUGUUAUUUAUUGUAACACGAAAUUAUUUCUCUCAACAAUUUUGUGCUACAAAAUGCUGUACAAAUGUUUUAAUAUGUAU